AUGCCUUCUACCGCAUAUCUUGAUCAGGAAUAUCAGUCGACACACUACAACCUGUUUAAGGAGUCCAUCACCGUGCCCUUGAAGCCCGUACUUCCUCCUGGGAUACAGCAAGAUGUCUUCAACAAGGCGAUACAAAAGUACAAGAUUGCAGUUGGCAAUGACCAAGUAUUGCAAGACCAUGAUCUGACGGAAUAUAUCGAUCCAUAUGAGCUACAAGAGGCUGAGGGAACGCGCAAGAUGCCCAGCGCGGCAGUGCGGCCCGGGAGCAUCAAAGAGCUCAAGGAGGUCCUAAAGGUAUCAAAUGAGUUUGGUAUUCCGGUCUGGACAUUCUCUAGAGGAAAGAACCUUGGAUAUGGUGGUCCAGCACCUCGAGUCAACGGAUCCAUCGCGCUCGAUCUUCAUCGCAUGAACAAGAUCAUUGAGGUGAACUCUGAAUACUCAUAUGCGGUUGUCGAGCCAGGCGUCACGUUUACCGACCUCUAUGACUACUGCGUCAAGAAUAAGCUGAAUGUCUGGCCAUCCUGUCCGUCACUUGGAUGGGGUUCAGUAGUAGGCAAUACCCUGGAUCGAGGUGCAGGCUUCACACCGACUGCAAUGCAUCAUCAGCACAUUUCAGGCGUAGAAGCCAUGCUCGCCAAUGGUGACCUUGUACGUACAGGACAGUUUGGCAUCUCGAAUUCGCGGUCGGCGCAUCUCUCCAAAUUCACCUUCGGUCCCAGCAUCGAAGGUCUUUUCCUGCAGUCCAACCUAGGUAUAGUAACGAAACUCGGAAUAUGGCUUUCUCCGGCACCCCAGGCCUACAUGUCAUGCUCCUUCGAUAUGCCCGACCUUGAGGACAUCGAAACUAUCGUUGACAUCUUUGGGCCAAUGCGUCGAGACGGUUUAUUGCCCAACACGGUAUAUGUGUCCAAUGUGGUCGAGUGGUUCGGUAUGAUGGGGUCGCGCGAAGACUUUUGGCCACACGAAAGCCCGAUACCAGAUUGGAAAGUUGCUGAGCUGCAGAAGAAGUUUGAUCUCGGCUACUGGAACGCAAAGUUUGGAUUGUAUGGUGCAAAAGACGUGAUACAAGCGCACUUCGAUGAGGUGAAGAAGAUCAUAGAGAAGAAGACAUCCAAAGGCCGCUUUGAGGGCAAGAUAUUCUCAGCGCCCGAAGGCGAGACUCUCGACCCCGCGUCUAUUCCAGAGAAGGAAGGCGGCUUCUUCGUCGGAAUACCCAGUCUUUGGUCACUUCCGAUGGGUCAAGUUUCGAUUACCGAAAUCGGGUGGUGCCCGAUCAUCCCAAGCAAUGGCAAAGAGAUCUUGGAUUGGGUCAAGAACGCAAAGAAGAUUUGCCGAAGCUCCAAUCCUGGGGAUCUCCUUCUGCCGAUUUCCUUUAUGCACCGAGCUCGGCAUGUCAUCCUUCCGUCAACCAUGUUUACCUUCGACAAGACGAAUGCUGUACAUCGAACAGCCGUACAAAACAUCUUUGACAACCUGUUCGAGGAAGGCAAGAAGCGAGGUUAUAGCAAGUAUCGCAGUCACGUCCGCGCGAUGGAUCGCGUCGCGUCGCUGUACGAUUUCAACGAUCAUGCGUACCGACGCUUUGUGGAGACGAUAAAGGACGCCGUCGAUCCAAAUGGCAUACUGUCACCUGAAAAGAUCCUUGUGCUUUGGUAG